UCGCACUGAGCAGAAAUUUCAGACAGGCGUGUUCGCGGCCGUCCACAAAUGUGACGUUUUGAGGUCCUGACGAGAAAGGUGCUGUGUGUGGUUCAUCAUGGCGUCGAACAGUGGCAAUAACACGAGCGCUAAAACCGGUGGCGGAAAGCAGUCCACUCCCUCCGCUGAGCAGGUGGUGGCUACUUUCCAGAGGAUGCGUCAGGAGCAGCGCAGUAUGGCCUCCAAGGCUGCAGAGUUUGACAUGGAGAUCAAUGAACACAGUCUUGUGAUUGACACACUAAAGGAAGUAGAUCCUUCACGGAAGUGCUUCCGUUUAGUUGGAGGUGUCCUUGUGGAGAGGACUGUCAAAGAAGUUCUGCCUGCUUUAGAAAACAAUAAAGAACAGAUUUUGAAGAUUGUGGAGUCUCUUAACACACAGAUGCAGACAAAAGGGCGGGAGCUGACAGAAUAUCGUGAACGUUACAAUAUCCGAUUAGUUGGCGAGGACGACAAACAGGGCAAAGCUGAUGCCAGUCAAGCCAAAGAAAGUGAAGGAGGAGGGUCUAAAGGUGGUGCUGGAGUCCUUGUCUCAUAGUGGAUGUUGUCUUAAGUAGCUGGUUAAGAAUUGUGCUUGUCAGCAUCUUGAAAAACUAAAGAGGGCAUGUUACAACUUUGUCUCAGAUAUCAUUAAACAUGGAAAGAGAGUGAAAGUCUUGGUUUCAGCAAAAACCUGUUUUUUUUAAUGCACAUUUUGUAUACUUAAAAUAACGAAGCAUAACAUGCCACAUUCACAAACAUUACUAUCUUGAACAUAAAUACCAGUUUGUAAGGAAAGUAGUCAUAUAAUUUAUGUGGUUUCAUUAAGUGCAAUGUUGCUGUUUUCAAUCAAGCAUUUUUGUGUCGGUUAUUUGCUUUUUGGUCAGUUUAUUGCUUCUAAUAAAUUGCUUUCUUGACAAAUAAAACCAUGAAGACCACUGACUUACUUAAGCCAGGGCUGUUGAACACGACCAUACCCAGUCAUUUACGUCACGAUUGUAUGCCUGUGAAUGAAGCCUUUUUAUGUUGUUUUGUUUGAUGAAGUAAAAAUACUUUGAGCAAUGUA